AUUUAUGACUUGUUAUUUACAGUUAAAACUGCAAAAAAUAUUGUAAUGAAGGUUUUCGUCCAAUUACAUACUAUUAAAAAUUAAUGAGAUUCUUCAAGAUAUCUCUACAGAUUUGCAUACUUUUCAACAACUUGCAAGUGCACAAAACCAAACUGACUUAAUAGCACAUGUUGAAAAUUUAAACAAAAUGGAACCAACAAGCAAAGGAUUUUCAUGCACUGCCAUACUGUACAUCAUGACCACGGUUGGUUUUGGAGUCAACUACAUGCUAAGGGUGAACCUAUCAAUAGCAGUGGUGGAAAUGAUACGAGGCAACAAUACGAAUCAAAAAGACACUCGUUUUAAUUGGGAUUCAGUCCAAAAAAACGAAAUUCUAGGUAUAUUCCUGUUGGGUUAUGUUACCACCUUGUUGUGGGGUGGAAGGCUGGCUGAAAUUUAUGGUACCAGAUUAGUUUUUGGUAACGGCAUGCUUUGGGCCAGCCUUGCAACUAUAAUCUUCCCUUGGAUCUGCAAGAUUCACUUCUACGCAGCCCUUGUUUUGAGGCUAAUAACGGGGGCUGUGUUAGGGGUUACUUUUCCAAGCAUCCUUCCCAUAGCUGUGAACUGGAUUCCCCCUUUGGACAGGUCAAAGUUUACCUCAAACAUGAUGGCACAAAGUUUAGGUGUAGCCAUAACUUUACCUUUGUGUGGAUUUAUCUUAUCACACUUCGGUUGGGAGGGAGUAUUUUACGCCACCGGACUAGUGGGCGUGUUGUGGUCUUUGUUGUGGUUUUAUUCCGUCUACGACAGUCCCCAGGAGCACCCAAGGAUAUCGGCAAAAGAAAAACGGGACAUCGAACAGACCAAGAAACUACAAAACGAAAGUACUCAAAGGAAGCCUCGCAAGGUACCGUGGAGGAGCAUCUUUACGUCAAUUCCGGUGUGGUGCGUGUUUAUAGUGCAGAUCAGCAAUUCCCUCUACCACUUCACAUUUUCCAACGUUCUUCCCACCUACAUGAACGACGUGCUCCACUUCGAUCUGGAACAAAAUGGCUUGUUGUCCAGCCUCCCGUACAUAGGUCAGUACGCGUUCGCAGUCCUGUGCUGCUGCCUGGCUGACAAAAUGCGAAAAUCUAAGAAAAUAUCUACGGGAAACACCAGAAAAAUUUUUAUUGCCGUGUCCAUGUACCUUCCGUCGGCUCUCAUGCUGGCCCUGGGGUACUACAAGUGCAACCCCUACGUGGCAGUGGUGUUAAUCACCCUAAUGCACUCGUUUAAAGGAGCUGUGCCAGCCGGAUACAUCUCCAACAUCAUGGACCUGGCCCCCAAUUACUCUGGUACCAUCUUUGGAGUGUCUUUGAUGAUGGGAUCCUUCACCGGAUGGUUGGGCACCAAAAUGGUCGGACUGUUAACCAAAGAAGCCAGCAAUUUCGAAACCUGGAGAACUGUGUUCCUAAUUAUAGCACUGGUUAACUGUACAGGAACAGUCUUCUACAUGUUUUUUGGGUCCGGAGACGUUCAACCUUGGAACGACCACACCUGUAAGAGGGUGGUGGAAGAAACCGAAUUGGAAACGUUGUCAGAUCAAAAAAAUGGAAAUGUUCCCUGAAUGUUUUAUUUAUAAUAUUAUGAACGAUAUCCAAUAAUGUAUUUUAUAUUAUUAUUUGUAAUUUUGUAUAUAUAACAAAAGUAAUUUGCGCCAUUCAAAAUAAA